AUGUCGCUGACCAACACAAAGACGGGGUUUUCGGUCAAGGACAUCUUGGACCUGCCGGACACCAACGAUGAGGAAGGCUCGGUGGCCGAAGGGCCGGAGGAGGAGAGCGAGGGGCCGGAGCCCGCGAAGAGGGCCGGGCCGCUGGGGCAGGGCGCCCUGGACACGGUGCAGAGCCUGCCCCUGAAGAACCCCUUCUACGACAGCAGCGACAACCCAUAUACGCGCUGGCUGGCCAGCACCGAGGGACUCCAGUACUCGCUGCACGGGCUGGCGGCCGGCGCGGCGCCCCAGGACUCGAGCUCCAAGUCCCCGGAGCCCUCGGCCGACGAAUCACCGGACAAUGACAAGGAGACCCCAGGCGGCGGGGGGGACGCGGGCAAAAAGCGGAAGCGGCGGGUGCUCUUCUCCAAGGCGCAGACCUACGAGCUGGAGCGGCGCUUCCGGCAGCAGAGGUACCUGUCGGCGCCUGAGCGCGAGCACCUGGCCAGCCUCAUCCGCCUCACGCCCACGCAGGUCAAGAUCUGGUUCCAGAACCACCGCUACAAGAUGAAGCGCGCCCGGGCAGAGAAAGGUAUGGAGGUGACGCCCCUGCCCUCGCCGCGCCGGGUGGCCGUGCCCGUUUUGGUCAGGGACGGCAAGCCGUGCCACGCGCUCAAAGCCCAGGACCUGGCAGCCGCCACCUUCCAGGCGGGCAUCCCCUUUUCGGCCUACAGCGCGCAGUCUCUGCAGCACAUGCAGUACAACGCCCAGUACAGCUCGGCCAGCACCCCCCAGUAUCCGACAACACACCCCUUGGUCCAGGCCCAGCAGUGGACUUGGUGAGCGCCGCCGCCCGGAGACUCGCGGCCCUAGGCCCUGGCCCCACCCCGGCGGCGGCGGCGGCGACGCGGACUCGGUCCUUAGGGUGAUUAUUAUUAUUAUAAUUAUUAUUAUGGAGUCGAGUUGACUCUCGGCUCUGUUGGGGAGGCGCGGGAGGUUGCCUGUGCCUCCUUGGAGCGGCAGAUUCCACCACCCAGCUCUGCCCCGUCCUCUCCUUGUGAACCUUUGGAGAGGACUGAACUAUAAGCCGUGUUUACAGAAUGUUUGCGCAGCUUCACUUUUUUGCCCCUCCCCACGGGGACCGAAUCGUCCCAGCGUUA